AUCCAAAGCAGCCCGACGCCUUUUCCUCACUGUUAGUCGCAUGAUCCAUCAACUUGAUGGCACAGUAGAUCGCUUAGAAGGAAAACGAGAAAAAGUUGCUGGAGUUCAAGAGAUCGUCUCCAUUGAAGAAUUAAUUGCUUCAGUAAGAAAACUGCGAGUCGUUGAAAAUUCGGCUAAUCUCCAACAAAUUGUACAACUCCUUGGUCAGAUAGACAAAGAUUGUGAUAGUGUCGUGAAAGUUGAUGAUCUCAUGAAGGUGAUUGAGUUGCUGAGUGAUGAAAAAUUCCAGAUUACCUCAAAGCAAAUGACUGAAAUUCUAAAUUUGGUCAAAACAGAACAAAUUCUUGAAUCAGAAGGAAAAGUUGAAAAAGCUCUUGGUCAGGCCAAAAUAGCAGCUGCUAGGAUGGCGAGUGAACAUCAAACUUAGUGUCCAACUAAGUCUGACGGGAAAAUAAGACAAAAAA